UUGGUGAUUGUUUUGAACACGAUAAGGUUGGUUAGGAACUCUGUUAAUGCCUAGUACAUUCUCUUGUCCCCAGAGUUCGAUGGCAUCGAACAAAAACAAUGCUUACAACCGAGUUCAGACGACGAGUAACCGUUUAUGGACAGCUGUUUUUGAUUAUGAAGCCAGGCGUGAAGAUGAACUAACCCUUAGAAGGGGUACACUAUUGGAAGUUUUAUCAACAGAUUCUCAUAUAUCAGGAGAUGAAGGUUGGUGGACAGGUAGGGUGGGUAAUAAAGUGGGUAUCUUCCCAAGUAACUUUGUUGCAAUUGACAUUAACAGCAGUGUUGCUAGUGGACUCCAUAACAUUCCAUCGAAUCGACCCUUUGAAAUAGAUUUCAAUGAAUUGCAGUUGGAAGAAGUUAUUGGUGUUGGUGGGUUUGGAAAAGUGUAUCGUGGAAUAUGGAAUGGGGAAGAGGUUGCUGUCAAAGCUGCAAGACAAGAUCCAGAUGAACCAGUUAUUUCAACGAUUGAAAGUGUCCGACAAGAGGCUAAAGUCUUUUGGUUACUCGAUCACAUAAACAUUGCUGCUCUGAAAGGAGUCUGUUUAAAAGAACCAAACUUAUGUUUAGUUAUAGAAUAUGCAGCAGGUGGAUCUUUAAAUAGAAUAUUAUAUGGCAGAAGAAUCCCUCCUGAUGUUCUUGUUGACUGGGCUAUUCAGAUUGCUAGGGGAAUGAACUAUUUACAUGAGGAAUCCCCCAUUCCUCUUAUACAUCGUGACCUCAAAUCAAGCAAUAUACUCAUCAAAGAACCAGUAGAGAAUGACGACAUUUAUGAAAAAACUUUGAAAAUAACAGACUUUGGUUUAGCAAGAGAGGUAUCCAAGACAACCAGGAUGAGUGCUGCAGGAACAUAUGCAUGGAUGGCACCGGAAGUUAUUAAAACUUCUACCUUCUCAAAAAGCAGUGAUGUCUGGAGCUAUGGUGUAUUAUUAUGGGAGCUAUUAACAGGAGAAACACCAUACAAAGGAAUCGAUGCCCUUGGUGUAGCUUAUGGUGUGGCUGUAAACAAGCUGACACUACCGAUACCAUCUACCUGUCCUGGCCUUUUCUCCAAGCUCAUGUCAGAUUGUUGGCAUCAGGAAUCCCACGAACGGCCAACAUUUAAGGAAAUUCUGUCUCGUCUUGCGGACAUUGCUGCCUCGCCAUUUAUGACUACACCUCAGGAGUCUUUUCAAACUAUGCAAGAAGACUGGCGACUGGAAAUUGAAGCUAUGUUUGAUGAACUCCGUAGUAAAGAAAAGGAACUACGUUGUAGAGAGGAAGAACUGACAAAAGCAGCAUUACAACAGAAGAAAGUGGAGGAAUUGUUACAUAAACGAGAGCAAGAGCUGAAAGAAAGAGAAAUAGAGCUUGUAGAAAGAGAACUUAACAUUAUGAUUUUACAACAGAUUAUGGGAGCCCCAAAACCAAGAAUUAGGAAGGGAAAGUUUAAAAAGAGUCGUCUGAAAUUAAUCAAAGCUGGAGGCCCUGCUAUUAGUCAGCCUUCAGAUUUCCGCCAUAACAUUACAGUACAACAUGAGUUUCAUCCUCCUGCACCGUCAAGUCCUGAUAGUCAUGAUAGUCCACCUCAGUCUCCUGCGUAUACACCAGCAAGACUUCGUGCAAUAGCAUAUCCAGCAUCAGAAGGGGUAAAGGGGAGGACAUGGGGACCAAGUUCAGUUCAGAAGGAGAGACAUCAACGACAAUCAAUUUACUUUGCUGAUGGAAGAUGGUCUAAAAGUGCUCCAACGCUGAAGAAUAUGGGCGGACAUUCCAACAUCGGAGCUCUCAGAGAUUUAUAUGAUGAUGAAAAUGACUGGCCAUCAGACGUGAACGAUUCUAAAAAACACAUUCCAAAUGGUGGAGAAAUGAGCAGUUUUAAAUUGUCAAAUAAACGGUCUGAUAAGUCAGACAAAAUAAUCGAUAGUGCUUUAAUGAACAUGGCUUCUAUGUUGUGUUCAGUGGCUAUUGGUUAUGAUGUACGGGUUCCAAUUCAGAAAGAUGACACAAAAGUGACUCGCAGGAAGAGAGACUCUUAUAUCGGGAACCGUAGAGAUGCUUAUAAUCAAGCCGUUCGUGACUCGUUUAUUGAAUCGGAUGAUGCAGCUGCAUAUCGUUUUACUUCGGCAGCAGGGUAUCCACAUAAUACAUAUCAUGGAUAUCAGGUGAAACGGAGACCAAGUUUAAACUUUGAUGAUCUGCCUCUGCAGUUUAAGGACUUUGCGGAAUGUGACAGCCCAUCUACUCUUCAAUCUACAAGUACACUUACAUCCCAGACGACGGUUCAGAGGAGGUCGUUGUAUGGAAGUGAUAGUGACUCACCUAUUCCAGAACGAACCCAUAACGUUUUACAACGUCAGACAUCAAAUAGUAGCAAUUAUGACACUCCAAAAUCUUCUAAAAAUAGGCAUUCAGUGACGUUUGAGGACGAUGUUUUACGUGAUGCCAAAAACUUGUCAUUUGUAAAUACCUCAUCACAAGAUCAGGGUUCACAAAAUUCCAGGAAUUCUUCAGAGUAUUCAAAGCGUCAGUCAGAACAGAGUGAUCCUGCUCCACCUAUACCUCCCAGGAGAAAACCUAACGGUGAAACCCCUGAGAGGCCAAAAACCUUGGACAUGGGGCCACGCAAUAGGCCCACUCUCACACGAUAUUCUGCUACACAGCCAAUGUUUAACGGGGAAAAAGAUUCUCCACAAAGUUCAGGUGACAUAGUUUCUAGUUCCGAUAAUACACCAUACUUCUCUACAAGAUCGAGUUUGUCACCUGGUCACACCCCACCUCAUAUUGCCCAUCAGACGACACUGCUAGAUAUUGAUGUAGACGGCCAGAGUCAGGAUGGUACAAGACCAUUACUGUAUGGCCAAAAAUUUACAAUUUCUGAUAAUGAUGUACUUUACUGAACAAAACCAGUUUCAGAGCAACUCUGAAUAAUUUUUUUUUAAAUUUGAUUGCUGUAUUUUUACCUCUUUCUAAUAAAUUGCCUUACUGAAAGAAGAAAAAAUCAUUUUUUACCAAGAAAAUUUCAUAUUCAUGUUCAAUAUUUUUUUACUUGGUUUUAAAUUUCAAACUAUGCAGUAUAUUUAUUUUCCCUACUAACUGAUCAAAGCAAAUAUAACAAAAUUGAGAUACAGCAAACAAAAUGUUUUAGAAAAUUGCCUGCAUUUUAUUUUUAUAUUGCAUUAUGUAUUUUUUAUUUUUUUUUGCAUUUAUUGAGUUCCAUUUACCAAAAAUGUUAAAUCAGUUAGUAAAUGUAUAAUUUCUGUGGCUUUUCUCUGUUGUUUUCUCAAAACAUUUUAGUCAAAAAGAUCUAAUUAAUUACCACCUGUACUGCAAUUAUUUGUAUUGAGUUAUUUAUAUACAUUGUUACUAUAUUCUUCCAUUAAUUUCACCUGAUUAACAAUGGAUUAAUUGGCUGCAUAAAAAUAAACAGUCUGAAAAAGGAAAGAGCUAAAAAGUAUGAUACAUGUAUAUAUAUACACAAAGAUUCUACCACUGCAUUGAGAAUUUUACAAUAGUAUUUAACUUCAGAUGGUUAAUAUUAUAAUUUAACUGUUCAUAUUGAGAAAUAUCUAAUUGUGAAAAUAUAAUUAUAUACUAUUCUAUAAAUACUACAUGUACUAUGCAGCCAAUUAAGCCUUUGUAAAUCAGGUGAAAAUUAUACAAUAAUAACCACAUCCUAGAAACAUAGUAACGGUAAAAUUCAAAUGUUAGAGAAGCAAUUUAGUUCACAAGUAGAUAUUAUAACUAGUUCACAGUAUACUGAACAUGACAUGUGAAGCAUCACAUCAUUCCAGUUACACUGUUUUCAUUUCUUACCUUUUUUGGCGGAGGAAAUAUAUAAAUUAAUAUUUUUACAGAAUUUUAAUUAGUCCAGUUAAUGUACUUCAAAAUUAUUGGCCAAACUUUAUAAAAUAAAUGUUGAUAAAAACACAUUUAAAUGUUCUACUGAAAAAUGGACUGAGUUGGUGCAUCUCUUCUUUUGUUCAGUAUAAAAAAUGAAAAGUUUUAGAUGUGUAGUUUAUCUUUAUCACUUAUUGUACCAUGUUGACUCUUUUUAUCCACCGAAAUCUAUAAAAAAUAAAUGAUUAGCUCUUCAUUAAUCCGCAAAGGUGAACGUUCAUAAAUAAUCAUAAAUGCAUUAGUUUGGCCCAUAAAUAUCAAAUUCUCUAGUAUUCUAAAUAGAUAUAUCAAUGGGUCAAAGAUAUUAUGUAUAACAUACUACUUUCUUUUCUCAAUUUCAUAAAAUGAUUCAUUUUUAUGCUGGAAAGUAGCAUUAGAAACUUCCUCCAAUUUGUUUUUAAAUGACUAGAGGAACUAUAAAUGAAAAAUUACUUUCAUUUUGCAUAGGUUUUUCAAUAUAAUCGAAUGUCAUUCUUUUUUUUUAUCGCAAACUACAUUAUUUUCAGAGUUGAUCUGAACGGACUUGUGAUAUGUACAGGUUUUUUUGUAUAUUUUAAUUGCUAUUAAAUCAAAGAAUUUUAAUUAAGUUUAUGGAAGGCCAUUUUAAGAACAAAAAUAUUUUUGUUAUUUGUUAUAUAUACUAUUUGUACUAAAGUGUAUUUGUAAAAAAAAGAUAAAAAGUGAAUGUUAUUUAUAUAUAUUGUGUAUUUUUGUUAUGUAAAAAUGUAUGUAGAUAAUGGUCACUCAUAUAUUCACAAUUUUAUUACUUAUUAUAAUAUAAGAACUAGGAUGAGUGAAUAUUUGUGACGAAAAACCUGGGUAAAAUAAAUCUGACAUCACAAAAUGAAAUCCAUACAAUGGUGCAGUGCUAAACUAGUCAUUGAUUCAUAAAACUGUCUGUCUUCAUUGAGUCGAGGGAUUUGAUUGGUUAAAUACUGUCUGUCUUCAUUGAGUCGAGGGAUUUGAUUGGUUGAAUACUGUCUGUCUUCAUUGAAUGAAGGGAAUUGAUUGGUCCACUUGUAAAUCUUACAGUUGUCAUUGUUACAGAUAAAAAUUAAAUUUACAUAAUGUUGGAAGAGAGGUUUUCAUAAAUAUGAAAAUUGGAAAUUAUUUAAAUCAGCUUUAUUUCAGGAUUUUUCAAGAUUUGACCUAGAUAUCAUAAAAAUUGAAAAUGAAGUAAUAUGAAAAAUUAAAGUAGACAUAUUUCAAGAGUAAUUCUUUUGGAUAGUUUUAAAAAUCAAGAAGCACAGUUGUGAUCUAAAUCAGACUUGUAAGAAAAAUAUUGACCCUUAGAAUUAAUAGGAUUUGUUUUUUGCAGUUUGGCACUUUCUUUAAACAUUCUUUAAACUGGCAAAAAAUUCAAACAUAUGAUGGAAUUGACAAAAAUCAGUAUAUAUAUUCAAUUUUGUCUCUUUGAAAAGUUUGUCUAUAAAAGGCUAUUAUUAAAAGCACAAGGAUUAAGUUUAACUACAGAAAAGAUUACAAGUAUUUUUCACCAACAAACCAUUAUAAACAUUGAAGCAGUUGAUCUGAUUGUUACCAUGGUUACAUAGGGAUCUGAUGUAAAUAGUAUUGAGUUCAGCAUAAUAUCAUUGUCAGAUUUAUGUUACUUGGGGUAGGUGCAAUACUCAAAUUUAGUUACGUUGCUAAAUAUAGAAUUUAUAUGGCUAGUAGAUGGUAGGUCAUAAUAUUAUCAUCAAGCUCCGUUAUAAUUCAUUGAGUUUUACGAACAAGAAAGGUAGAUAAUUUUACAUACUGUGGAUUCGUUUAUUUUUUGUGGGAACCAAUUUUCAUGGAAAAAUGAAAUCUUGCAAUUUUGUGGAUAUUUGAUUCCGUAGUUUUGUCAAAGUCUGCAUAUAACCCAAUAGCAAAUGUGUACUUCGUUGAAUAUUUAAAUUCAUGGUUCACUCGUACCAAUGAAAUCCAUGAAAAUUAGUAUCCCAUGAAUAAUAAUGAAUCCACAGUAUACCCUUGGAUUUUUAUUCACCAAUGUAUUAUUUUUAUUUAACAGAAACUUAUUUGUUUUUGUUAAGUCAGUUUUGUACAUUUUAUUUAAGAUGUUAAAGUAUGGUAGAUGAAAUCAUAUGUUGAUUUUCUUAUGUAAACUUUUAUUUUGUUUGUAAUCCCAAUUUGCCUUUUUAGAAUCUAAAGGAAUAUGGGUAAUCUCUUUAUACACCAAAAUGAAAAUAAUGUUAGUCAUUAGUUGACUUUCUGGGUUUUUUUUUAAAGUUUUAAACCAAUCACAACAUUUUGGUUUAUGCUUUUGAAAUAUUUCCCAAAAUGCAUUAGAUUUUGAAACGGCCAAUUAUUGACCUGUAAAUCACGUGUUUUGUUUUGAUUUGAUUUAUUUCUUUUAAAAAAAAUAUUGACUAAGGAGAGUACUUUUUUUCCUCUAAUUAUAUAACAAGUAGUUCACUAUUUUAUCGUUGACUUGAAUUUUAAUAGUCAGUAGAUGAGAAUAUUAUGACCUACUCUUGUGCUUAUUAUUAUGUAAAAUGGUAUCUACUUAAGUUAGUAGGCAGUAACUGUGAUUUAAAAACACCAAACAACUUUCAGGAGUGAUGUACACUAAGGUGGUUUAUUUGUGAUUACAGUGGACAACUGAGUAGUGAGUGAUUUUGACUAUUUUUAAAAUGACUGAUCCAGCAUAUUCUGAUUUAGAGGUGUCAGGGUUUUGAAUAUGGGAGGGGAGGGGCAGGCCUCUUUUAUAAUAAAUUUUACUAAAGGAAAAUUUGAUCAUAAUUUUUACUGAAAUGGGGAUGAAUUUUUCAUCUCAUUUAAUAAUUUUUUAUGAAAUCAGUUGUAGAUACAUAAAACCAGUCCCACAGUAAUGGCUGAUUUAUGUGUAUAUUGUUUAGUAAGCAGAAUGAAGACAUUAUAAUACCAAAUUUCUUAAUUCACUUGCUCAAAUUUAAUAUAAACAGAACAAAAAAUUUAAAUUGUAUAAACAUGUGUUUACACGGUUUAAUGAAUUUUUAACUAGAUGAACAAUUUUUAUAGUAUCUUAACGUUGUGACUUUAAAUGAUUUUUAGUUAUUUAAGGAUUUUUUUAAACUUUUGAUCUGAAAAAAUAAAAUGUGAUAGAAAUGUGCUAAAUAUGAAUGGCAAUAUUUACCAACGAUCAGCAAAAAUCAAUCAUUGGAAUUAAGAAGUGCAUUUAAAUUGAGCAGAAAUUCCUAAAACUUACCAUAAAAUCAAAAUCGUCCUUUAAUAUUUUUUCUAUAUAAUCGAGUGAGUGAAAUCAAAAGUUUCAAGUUGAUUGUGUAAAAAGAAAAAGUCAUUAAAAUCGAGCCAAGUACUUUUUCAUAUCUAUGUACUUAAUUUGAUAUUAUUUUAUAUCAUAAUUAUUUGAAUAUUUAUAAAUUGUCUCCAAAUAUUAAAGUGCUAGAAGAUUUGAAUUUUCAUGUCAUUUACAAGUCUCACAUAUCACCCAGUGAUAAAUUAUAGUUAGUACACAUGUAUAUCAAAAAUCAAAUGUAUUCCCCCUAGAGGACCCCUACCUAGAUUUUACUUCCUGUUUAGGGUCACACUGAAUUUUCAAUGAUAGUCCCAAAAGAGAAAAACAGGGUUUUGGUUUAUUUUUGUAAUAAUCAUAUAUAUAUCUAAAAGAAACAUUAGAAUAUUAGCUUUCAGUAGAAUAUAUUCUGGAAUAUACGACAGAAUACUGUGGAUUCAUGUAUUUCUCUAGGUACCAAUUUUUGUGGACAAAUGAUUAUAUGGUUUUGCCAAAAUCUACAUAAAAAACCCUAAAGAAAAAAUGUAAUUCAUUUCACACUUUAAUUUGUUGCUAACCUUUAUCAACGAAAACAAUGAAAUUUGGUACCGAUCGAAUAAUUAUGAAUCCACUGUACUGCAAUUUGUAGGUAUUGUGUAAAGGAUGGAAAAGUAUAAGAUUACAGCUAUUUUUAUAAUGCAUUUAGUUUGAAGGUUUGAUAGGCUUGCUUGCUUGUAUAAAUUUUUGCAAACACAUCCAAUAGCAUUAAAAAAGCUGAAGCACAACCUUUUAAUUGAUUGCAAUUGCAAAACUUAAUUGAAAUGCUUGAGCAAACAGUCAUCAAAACAAAACAAGCAAGCCAACCAAACCUUUAACCUACAUGCAUGUGGAAAAAAGCUGUAAGUGAUAAAUGUAUUGCAAUGUUGUUUGGUGUUUUAUUGAUAAGCAUUUAUAUUUUAUUUAAUAGAUCUAACGCUGUUGUAUAUGCUUAUUUUUAUUUUAUAUGAAUUAAUAUAACAGUAAAAACACAAUAUAUUUCUGUCAUCACAAAAUGAAGUGUAUUGAUUUAUGUGGAAUGGGAUUUUCUGAGGAAAUGACCAAAAAUAAAAACUACAACAGAUUUA